UCUAAACGCCAAGCUCCAGCCCCGCGUCAAGAUGUUCCCAGCUGUGGUCCUUGCCUCUGCCCUGUUCCUCUGUUCCUCGGCCAGCCAGGGGUGUAUGACCUUGACAGGGAUCAAGAAUGUUGAACACCUCAUCAACAACCUGCAGAAACACCCACCUGCAAAAUGCAGCUGCAGCUCCAAUGUGACCGAUUGUUUGUGUCUGCCCAUUCCUUCGGACAACUGCACCACCGCGUGCUUCCAGGAGGGCCUAUCGAAGAUGAGAAACACCACAGCAAAGCCAGAACUCUCCCUGAUUUUCAGCAAGGUGAAGAAAACAGUUGAAGCCCUCAAGAACAACAAGUGUGGAGAUUUUUCCUGUGAACAGCCAUGCAACCGAACCACAGUAGGCAACAUGCUCAUCUUUCUGAGGAGUCUCCUGGAAAGUUUCCAGAAAGAAAGGAUGAGAGGCAGAGUGUGAAGAAGAAAUGUUAUUUAUUCUAUUUAUUGAAUUUAGAAGCCUCCUCUUUAAGUUGCUCCAGUUUAACAAUCAAAUAAGCUAUGCUAAAGCAAGACC